CAGUUCGCACACGAAGGAUACAACGUGGUGCAUUUGACAUACCCUCUUCCCCCGCAUUCUUCUUUCAAAGAUGCGAUGAAAGAAGUCGACGACAAAAUCAUCGCGCUGGGAGCUGACUGGGGACUGCUGACAUACGGUUUUACUACAAAAGAUGCGGAGACCCUUGUGUCGAAACUCGCUCUGUCGCUUGCAGAUUUGAAGGCUUGUGCGCACUUUUGCCCAGAUGCUGAAGCUACCCAUGGGUUUUUGAUAAAGGACAGCCAGGGGAGACAUAUCCCAGUUACUUUUCAUCUCGCUUCUUCUCAAGAAGUGCUCCAUGCUUCUCUGUUGCUUUUCGAGGAUCCGAUUAAUCUUGGUUAUUCCCUUCCAACUCACUCUCGAUUACCGGUGCGGGUAUAUUCGUACCCUCUCGUGUCAAAAUCCCCACCAUUUCCCUUCUCGAUCCAACCCCCCGUCACCGUGAAUGUUGACGAUAAACAAGCAGUCGAUCCCUAUCUUCGUUCAGCCUCUAACCUGUCGCUUACCCGUACCCUCGAAUUAUUGAAGGCACAUCUUGGCCCUCAUUUCAACCUCGAGAGGCUCUGGGAGAUGCAUACUUACUACGAAUUUAUCGAAAGAAAUGCACCUAAGACGAUGUCUACAAUGGUCGCCACACCAUACGUCAAUCAUGUUCCAACGAUGACUGGGGGUGUUGGGUAUGACGAUCUGGCCAGAUUUUACAAGUAUCAUUUCACAACUGUGACACCGCAAGACUUUGAGCUCAUUACAGUCUCCCGAACUGUUGGUUGCGACAGGAUCGUCGACGAGAUGAUUUUCAAGUGCCACCACACAUCUGAAAUAGACUAUUUUCUGCCUGGAAUAGCUCCGACAGGGAAACACAUUGAGAUUGCUAUGGUUGGGAUAGUAGCCUUUAGAGGCGACAAGCUUUUCUUUGAACAUCUGUACUGGGACCAAGCCGGGAUUCUUGUGCAGCUUGGACUAUUGGACCCCUCUAAUCUUCCUGUUGCUGGGGUUGAGGUGGCUAAGAAAGUUUUGGACCCUUUCGGUAUGCCCAGUAACACACUUCUGAAAAGGUGGCAUGGAAGUGAGGGACUUCCAAUCGACUGAGGUGAUUUGAUGGUCUGUUGGCAAUCUGUUGGUGGUCCGAGAUUAAAGUUGUGACAUUGGAGGAAGCUUGACGAUGGAGUAUGUAUAACAGCGGCCAGUGUAUAUAUGUAUACGAUCCAAAUAUGAUCUUUCCCAGCUGUGCUC